AUGAAGCCCAUCAAUCGUUUUAUACUCGCUCUAUCGUUUAUUUUAUUCGUAAUUUCGGCUGUGGAGAGCUCUAAGAAACUCCAUACAGAGACUUCGAAACCUCUCUGUGGACUUUGUGUCAAUAUUGUGAAGCAAUUGGAUCAAGUCUUGGAGCAUGGAGGUGAUAUUGAAGCUGCUGUCGACAAGUUCUGCAAAGAAGACGUCCCCUCAUUCAUGGUUGAUAUGUGCGAGAAAGUAAUCGAGAAGAAUUUGGAGUACAUCAUUGAAAAACUGAAGGAUCACGAAGAAGCCGACAAGAUCUGUACCGAUAUUUUCUUGUGUCGCACUCCAAAACAGUAUUAUUUCUUAGAGACUGAGAAGUAA